CUCUAACAAGUUCCAGUUUUGACAAUAUAACAUAACCUACAAGAUACAACGUGAAUGUGUUAAAAUGAAAGUGAGCAAUAAAACUACGUUAGCCGAUAAAAUUGCAGGUAUUUUAAAUACUGCACCUUCUUCUUUCGACCCAGAAGAUGAUGUUGAUGCCACAACCGCUCAAGUACUACCUGAAAAUGGUGAAGAUGCUUACGAAGAGGAAGCAAUUUUGAGUAAAUUUAGACGCGCUAAUGUUGAUUUAUUGGCUGAUUUAGAUGAGAAGUAUGCGGGGAAAAAGACCAGUAGAAAGAAUCUCGGGGAUUCUGACUCUGAUGAAGUACAGUCUGAGGAUGUUGAUUCUAGUGAUGACGGAGAUGACCAAAAUGAGGACGAUAGUGGUGAAUUUAAUAAGAAUGCUGAAGAUGAGGCAGAAUCAGAAGGAACUUCUUCAAAUGACGAAGAAGAAAGUGGCGAUGAUGAAGAAGAUGACAGCGAAAUAAGUGAAAAUGAUGAUGACGGGCAGUUAUUAGAGGAUUACCCAGACGAUGCUAAUUUUAAAAAUAUAAAGGAAACGAAUGUUUCGAAUCAGAUAAAAAAAGGAGUUUGUGUACGAAAUCAAACAGCCAUGUGGGAAAAUUUAUUAGAAGUAAGAAUUCAGUUACAAAAAUGUCUCAUAACUGCCAAUAAAAUGCCACAAAAACUUGCAUUCAGUGAAAUUAAAAAAGAAUCGGGUCCAGAGUUUAUGAAUAAAGUGAAUGAAACAAAGGGAAAUGUGUGUUCUACAUUGGAUAAACUAUUAUUAUUGCAAAAAUUGCUGCUAAAACAGUUCCCAGAGACAAAGAAACUGGGACAGGGAAUUUCAAACAAUGAGGUCAAUGUGGACGACGAAGAAAUACCAAGCGACACCGAUGGCGAAUUGUCUGCAGAAGAGGAAAAAGAAGAAAUUGCACAAACGUCUCCAAAAACAAAGAAAAGAAAAUUAGAGGACUACGAACACGAACUUUCGGAUCAACACAAAAAGUACAAAGAUUACAGAAAUAGUGUAAUCCAAAAGUGGAAUGAUAAAACUCGGGUAGUUGUAAAAGGAGAUACCAGUUCACAUUCGGUUUUGGAUCACAUCGAAUAUAAUUUAAGCAAUAAAGAAAAAUUAAUAAAGAGAACUCAAACUAAACGGUCUCAGUAUUCAAUCGUGGGUGAAGACAUCAGGGACGACAAAGUUGAUGAUGAAUAUAAUACUGAGGUAUUUGAUGAUGAUGACUUUUAUCAUCAAUUGUUGAGAGAAUUGAUAGAAGUCAAGUCUGCUGAUGUUACUGAUCCCGUUCAGCUAGGAAGACAGUGGAUACAGUUACAAAGUAUGAGAAGCAAAAUGAAAAGGAAAGUCGAUACAAGAGCAACAAAAGGGAGAAAAAUUAGAUAUGCUGUGCAUAAUAAGUUAGUUAACUUUAUGUCUUCAAUUGAUGAGAAUUUGUGGACAGAUGAAGCAAAAAAUGAACUAUAUAAUUCAUUAUUUGGAAAAAAUCAACACACUUUUAAUGCGUAAAAUAAAUUUUAUUAAAUGUA